UUCAAGUGCACAAUGUUUCAUAAAAUCGUGUGCAGUCUGUGGCUCUGCCUCGCCGUCUUGACGUGCUCCAUCAGCAGCAGCAGCUCCAACAAUCUGGCCGGCUAUGAGGGAUAUACCAAAUACACGGUGCAGCAUGGCGGCGAGAGCGCCUUUCAGUAUAUGGUCGAUCUGCAGACGAACGACACGGAAGUAGACUUCUGGCUACUUACACGGAACAUGUCCAUUCUGACAGUGGGUCCCAGUCAUAAGCCGCAGUUCGAGUCGCGCCUGCUGCAGUUGGGCGUGCAGUAUCAGACACAGCCACUGAUGGAUCUGAUGGCAUCGCUGGAGGGCAACAGCACCUACGCUGAAGACGAUGAGUUCGAGGAAUGCCAGCCCGGAGAUUGUGAAUCAGAUCGUUCGCACAGUCGUAAGCGGCGUCAGGCGCGCAGCUUCUUCUCGAGAUAUCCGCGUUAUCACGAGGUUCUCAACUUCAUGAGCGGCCUGGCCGCACGUUAUCCUCAAUAUUGUCGCUACGAGUCGCUGGGUCGCUCCAACGAGGGUCGUCAUAUAGCGGGCUUAUCCAUUUCCCUGAACCAGCGUGUGCGUCCACGUCGCGUGGCCUACAUACAGGCGGCUACCCACGGCCGGGAGUGGAUUACAACCCAGACAGUUCUGUACUUGGCCUAUGAGCUGCUCACGAAUCUGCGCGCCUUCCAGCGUGUGCUGAAUGAUGUGGAGUUGUUCCUAGUGCCGCUGGUCAAUCCCGAUGGCUAUGAAUAUACUCACACUACGGAUCGCUUUUGGCGCAAGAAUCGUCAUCGUUUUGCUGGCCACUCGUGCAGCGGUGUCGAUAUCAAUCGCAACUUCGGCAAUCACUGGAAUUAUCAGGGCGCCAGCCAGAAUCUCUGUUCGGAGGUCUAUUCGGGCACCUCGCCCAACUCGGAGCCGGAAACAUCGGCCGUGGUGCGCUAUUUGCAAUUCAAUCGUCAUCGUGUGAAGCUCAGCCUGGAUGUUCACUCAUUCGGCAAAUUCAUUUUUUAUCCCUACGGCUAUGCGAGAAAUACUGUGCCACCCACUGUGGCCACAUUGCGCGCGGUGGCAUUGAGAGCCGCCAACCAAAUCGGCAGAUACCGCGGCACCCACUAUACCGUCGGCACCUCGGCGUCCAUACUCUAUGAGGCUUCUGGCAGUCUGGAUGACUUUGCCUAUGGCAGUUUGGGCAUACCCUUGUCCUACACGGUUGAGCUACCCGGUGAGGAAUUCCAUGUGGCCUCCUUUGACAUCAUCCACGUCUGCAAGGAGACAUUUGCCGGCUUUAUCGAGUUCAUUCGCCAUGUUAGUCUGUAUUAAGCUCUGCGGUCUCCACUGGCAUUUUUAGCAUUUAGGCAAUUGAAUUUAUAAUUGUUAAUUAAACUAA